AUGGCGAAGUCCUCUCGCCGAAAGACACCUCGGUCGACCGCAGCUUCAUCAGGCUCAUCAACCCCAAGUUCCACCUCGUCUGGCCCAGUCGCACCUUUCACCAAGGCACCAGCCAUACUCAAUCCUUUCCUCGAACACCUGUCGUCCGAUCAAGUAUAUCUCGUUCACAUCGACACAACGGGUACAGAUCUGAAAUGGCAAACAUUCAUCGUGCCCACGGUCGUCAAUGUGAUCGUUGCAGCGGUGAUUGCUCUCCGUCUGUACUGGGGCGUUAGCACAUAUCCAGCAUUGGUAGCUAUUGCGUUUGGAAUGAAAAGCUCGCUCAGCGUCGAUGUAUCAUCCACCCCAUGGACGGAGUUGGCACUGAUCACCAUGCGUCGUGUGGUCACCGUCCUCAUCGAUUACGUCCUCUUGACCAAUUUCCUGUCUUGGCCUAUCGGCUUCCUUCUCGGGCCCGUCAGAUGGCGUCGCGCCAUCGGAUUCCGGGACCGAGAGGUGAUUGUUCGUCGCAGCAAUCGCAGCUGGAGUGAGACUCUUGUGCGCAAUACGUGGAUCCGUGACAAUGAUGCGAUUCGCGACAAAAUUGUAGCUGCCGUGACGCCUGAGCGAACUGGAAAGACAGGAUACUUGCUGGUGGAUGAAGACUGGGACCUGGAGUAUCUGGCCAUGAUACGCGCGCAUCAACUCGUUGACCUGACCCGUAAAGGCGAAGGGGUGCAACUGGAUGAGUUUCGGACGGCAGUUCUGGUGCACACGGAUGCGGAUGGUUGGUUGAUUUGGCGUGUCGCUGGGGAAGGAACUCCUGCGAAGGGCGCCGAGUCCUCUCAGCGAGAUCAGAUUCUAGCAUUCAAGGAGCGAUUGACCGCUAUGGGCAAGGAAGACUUGUUCUUUCGCUGGGUGGAGCUGGUGCAGUGGGAAAGCUCUCAGCCCGGUGGAUUCACGCCGGAGCGUCAGCGUUCAGCUAUGGUGCAGGCUAAGCAAAUGUUUGACAAAGAGAACGUUGACUUCACUGAGUUCUGGGACGAUGAGCUAGCAGGGCUCACUAACGCCCAGGAAGUAGCAAAGUGA